GUCACAUCGUAGUUACAUUACAUUACAUCCUUGGCGUCUGUUAGAAGCAGCAGCGUUGAAUGAGUGAAUGAAAAAAGAGAGCUCAUUGAAAUGGCGGCAAAGACAAAAGCUGCAACGAAACAACAAUGUGAUCCUCACGGAAUGUUUGAAGGAAUGAUUGUCUUCUUUGUAGCCAAAGGAGUUCAAUCUCGGAGAUUACAGAUUUGGAAGCAGAGGAUGAUGCAAAUGGGGGCUGUGAUAGAAGAGCGCUUCUCAAAACGUGUUACUCAUCUUUUCGCCGUCGACUCACAAACCCUUCUACAUGAACUCGAUAGCCACCGCUUGUUACGUUUUAAAGGGAGAGUUCUCCAAUAUCAAUGGCUGGAGGAAAGUUUGAAGUUAGGGGAGAAAUUAUCUGAGGAUCUGUAUGUACUGAAUUUGGAUCCUCAAGGGGAAGGUAUCAAUGAACAUGACAAGUCUUUGGAUUCCAAGUCAACUGAUCAGAGCAUUUCUAGCGAACCUCAACAAUUACAAAAUAAGAAGAGCAAAGCAUCUUCUGAGGAUAUCGAAAUUGUAAACCUUUAUAGUAACGGGGAUAAAAAAGAAAAUGCACCACUUUCAUCAACAAGCACGACAAACAGUCACGGUGAAAAUGAGAGUUUAAAUAACGCUGAGAGAAGAUCACAACACCUUGAUGCUGAAAAUGAAAAUGAGGCAUCGUCCUUGCCGUACUGUCCACCUGAUCUAAACAAGAACAUCACAGAGAUAUUUGGGAAACUUGUGAAUAUAUAUAGAGCAUUGGGGGAGGACCGGAGAUCGUUUAGCUAUUACAAAGCUAUUUCGGUGAUUGAGAAGUUGUCAUUUAAAAUUGAAAGUGCAGAUCAGAUAAAAAACCUCCCGUCAAUUGGAAAAUCAAUGAAGGAACAUAUUCAGGAGAUAAUCACUUCUGGGAAGUUAUCGAAAUUGGAACACUUUGAAACGGAUGAAAAGGUGCAAACAAUAUCUUUAUUUGGAGAAGUUUGGGGUGUAGGCCCAGCCACAGCUCUGAAAUUGUAUGACAAAGGGCACCGUACAUUAGAUGAUCUUAGGAAUGAUGAUUCACUUACAAAUGCACAGAAGUUAGGAUUGAAAUACUUUGAUGAUAUCAGGCAACGGAUUCCACGCCAUGAGGUUCAAGAGAUGGAACACAUUUUGCAGAAAGUUGGGGAGGAUAUUUUACCUGGGGCUAUCAUUAUUUGUGGAGGAUCAUAUCGACGCGGGAAAGCUACCUGUGGGGACAUUGAUAUCAUUAUAACACAUCCUGAUGGAACAAGUCACAAAGGAUUUUUGCCCAAGUUUGUCAAGCGUUUAAAGGAUAUGAAUUUCCUGAGGGAGGAUUUAAUUUUCAGUACUCACAGUGAAAAGGGCGAUGAUUCUGGUGUUGACACAUACUUUGGUUUUUGCACUUAUCCUGGACGGGAGUUGCGGCAUCGUAUUGAUUUAAAGGUAUACCCAAGAGACAUAUAUGCUUUCGGACUUGUAGCUUGGACCGGAAAUGAUGUAUUAAAUAGGAGGUUGAGGCUGCAAGCAGAAUCUAAAGGAUUCAGGCUUGAUGAUACAGGGUUGUUUCCUGCUAUUCAGGGUUCUGGUGGCAAACGGGGCACAAAAGGUACUGCAAAUAUGAAAUUGUAUACAGAAAGGGAGGUGUUUGAUUUCCUGGGUUUUCCUUGGCUUGAACCAAAUGAAAGAAAUCUCUAAAUACCGGAAUAGUUUGGUUAGUCUUCUAGAAGUAUGAGAUACAACAACGUCUUGCGAUACUGGGAAGUGGUCUCUAGCUUGAUUUUGAUGGGCUCCAAAAUCCAAUGCUUUGUAAAUAUAUAUGUAGGAAGGAUACCAGAUUACAAUUCUGGCGUCAUCUUCAAGAGAUCGUGUACACGAAAUUAGAUAAAUGGAUCGAAUGUUGUUUUUGUUUAAAAUGUAUAAAGUUAAACAUUAUGACUACACUUUUAAACAAAGUGAGAUUGGAUCAAAAUGGAGAAUAAACGUUAAAAUUAUGCUGAUCC